AUGGACAAAGAGAUCUGGGAAUUGGAUGACUGGACUGGUCGUAGUACAGUAUGUAGUCGGCGCUUCCAUCCAACCUCCUCCUCCUCUGUAACUGCAUCCUGUCUGUCCAUCCAAGUCCUAUCGCAGAUCAGACACCAACAAGGACACACACAGCGCUCCCACAACAACCACCUAAUUAACCACAAACCGCAACAACACUGCCUACCUACUACGUACCUACCCACUGCCCCCUUCCUCUCUCUCAAACAUGCUGCCGUCGGCCCAGUAAACAGCGCACCCCGUCCCCUGCUUCAUUGGUUCCCAUGGCCCUGCGCCUGGCCGUUGGGCGCUGUGGUGGGGGGGUUUGUUCCAGCUCGUCCGGGACCGGUACUGGAUACCUGGGCCAUGACCAAUUCACUGCAGCUCGCGCAUGUACCCAUGACCGGCCGCAGCCGCCAUUUUACCAUCUUGUCAGCGCCCCCAGCAAGUCAUAAUCUCUUCACGCCCACUGUCGUAGCCCAGCCCAGUCCAUCAAUCACAACUGGUACCCAGCAAGCCCAGGCUGCCAGGAGACCAGCAGACCAGCAGACCAGGAGCAAGGAGCCAGGCUGGCCCAGCCCUUUUUUUCCCUUUUUCCCUUUUUGCGAGAGAGCCUGUGCUAAUUGCCCCGGGUUGCUUGUGCUCGUGCUUGUGCCUGUGCCUAUGCUUGCUUGUGCAAAGACCCAGCUGAUAAAUCGUUCACCCAGCCGUCAUCAACGACUCCGUUGCCAUCUUUUCCCAUCCUCUCCUGCGUCUGCAAGUCAACCUUUCUCCCUCCCUUUCCCCUGGUCCAUCACUGCCCACCCACCCCUCGACUGCCCCCCCCCCCCGUUAAAAGCCUAA